UUAAAUUUGGCAUUUCCCCCCAAAUGGACAGCCCUCUCAGUAAUCACUCCAUAAUUUUAGGGUUUCUCUUUCCCCUUCAUUUGAAGAAACCUCUUUCCGAUGAACCCAAAAAAGUACAAAAAGCACCCAAAGUACGCAUAAGGCUAUUUGAUACUCCUUUUUGGAUUUUCCAAAUUCAUAAUCUCAAGUCUUGAUGUAGAUGUCAGUCGAUAAAAGGGAUUCUUGCUGUAGAUUCAAGGAUGUUAUUGGAGAGAGAUAAGUGGUUUCAAUUUGAUGCAGCCAUUCUUUUCAUCUUACUGUUUUAGCAUGUUGGUUAACAAUGUGAAUAGCUGUUAUGUCAUGUAGUUUUACUCUGUCCAGAUAGUUAUGCAAUUUCUUACCUUCGUAUUAUUGUUUAGUUUCUGCAGGUUCUUACUGGCAAUUAGUGUUAUAUGGUGCAUAAGAAGGGCAAGAAUCAUAGUUGUCGAAUUGUACCUCCCGAUAUACUUAGCUAUCUUCCAGAGAAUGUAAUAGAUGCCAUUGUAAUACAUUUGCCUUUACGAGAUGCUGUUAGGACAAGCAUCUUAUCGAGGAAAUGGAGGUAUACUUGGUGCAGACUUCAAAAGUUGACACUUGAUCAAGCAUUUUGGAAAACGACGAAUAACUUAACAUCCCCUACAAUUAGAUUUACAGACAUCAUGUACUACCUUUUGACCCUCCAUGUAGGACCACUUACUAAGUUUACCCUCUCCAUUGCUGAUCUGAGAAACUGUCCUAAAAUUGAUAACUUGAUAUGUUUUCUCUCUAGGAAUGGCGUUCAGCAUCUUGUUCUUCAAUUUCCGAAGGAUAACCUAUACAAAUUGCCUUCUUCAUUUUUCACAUGUUUUCAGAUAAGACACCUGAGUCUCCAUAAAUGUUUAAUAAAUCCUCCACCUGCUUUCAAAGGAUUUGAUAAGUUAGUUGCCCUCGAACUUUGUGAAGUCACAAUUUCUUCCAAAUUUCUUGUAAGUUUAAUCUCUUACAGCCCGUUGCUCGAGCAGCUUGUGCUGCAAUCAAGUAUCUCCGGUCACAUUCAAAUUAAAGCUCCCAAGUUGAUAUCCUUUGACUUCACAGGCAGUUUAAAAUUAAUUUCCUUAAUGGAUGUCCCUCUUCUUGCACAACUUUCACUUGUAGAUAUAGAUGAGGGAGGAAGCUGUGAUAUUGCCAAGUUUCUUGAGUCUUCUCCUGGUCUCGAGCAUCUCCACUUGAAUUGUUAUAGUGUCCAGUUCUUAGCAAGCAAAAUACCAAAACAGCUCCUCUCUCCUCUUAACUGUCUUAAACGUCUCUACCUAUCUGACAUAUGUCUAGAUGACAUAGACGAGGCUUCAUGUGUUCUUCGCUUGAUAAGAAGCUUCCCAUAUUUACAGGACAUCGAAAUUCAGUUGCAUGAUUCAGCUUCUGGGUAUGAUGAUGUUAUGGAGGAGAUUGCCGGUCUAGAAUCUCGUGAAGUUGAAAGCUUCUCAGAUGUGACAUUGAAUCACCUAAGAUCUGUUAAGCUUACAGGUAUAAUAGGCUUAACUCCCGAAAUGGAAUUUAUCCAGCUUCUCUUAGCCAAGUCUCCAAUGCUCAUCAGAAUGCUAAUCGAGCCCGGGGUAGGACAUAAUUCUCCUGAAACAAGACUCAAGGUACUCGCAGAGAUAACAAAGUUUCGUCGGGCAUCAUCUAAAGCAGAAGUUGUUUAUAAAGUUGCAUAGAUUUCUAUCCAGAUUAGGAUCCUGUUUAUCUCCACUUGUCUAUUUGCAAGACUAUGAUCUUUGGCUAAAGAAUUUUGGAAGAUUAAGGUGGACAGACAGAAUUGAAUGCAGUUAUACGGUUGUGCUGUGGCUGUGUUUCUAUCAAACCAAAAGAAAAAGCUGUGUUUUGCCUUGUCUUACAACUUGUUUGGAUGAUUGUUAAGUAUUGUUUUAUAAUGUAUCAUAUGAUAUUGUAUUGUAUUGUA